AUGUUCAACUUCGGGCGCAAAAAGCCCGUAGAGGAAGAUCCAGUCACUCAAGCGGACACUGAAACCGGCCCUGCGAUUGACCAAAAGCCGUUUUGGGAAGUCAUCUGGCCUGUUCUUGCUUGCGGCGCUGGUCUAUUCUCCGAUGGUUACGUCAACAAUGUUAUUGGUUCUGUCAGCACCGUCUUGGGCUACGAAUACGGUACUCUGUACACAAGCUCCACCGCUAAAUCGAAUGUGUCUGCGAUCGCAUUCGCUGGUACUGUUGUUGGCCAAUUGGUUUUCGGCUUUCUUGCGGAUCGCUGGUCACGAACGGGCUCUCUCCUCGUGUCCACCGUUAUCCUGAUCUUGUUUACAGCUCUUGCAGCUGGUUCGUACUGGCAUGGCGACCCCGUCGGCAUGUUUGGAAUGCUGACUGCAUGGAGAUUCUUCGUUGGAAUUGGUAUCGGAGGAGAAUAUCCCGCCGGAAGUGUGAGCUGUGCUGAAUCCAGUGGUGAACUCAAAUCCGGCACCCGUAAUAGGUGGUUUAUUUUGUUCACGAAUACAAUGAUUGACUGGGGUUUCGUCAUUGGCGCUUUUGUUCCAUACGUUGUUGCAGCUGCUGCAUCCAAUAUCUACUACGGAACUAUCUGGCGAACGAGUCUUGGUAUCGGUGUCGUCUUCCCAUUGAUUCUGUUCGUCUUACGGCUGAGGCUGAAAGAGCCUGAAGAGUUCAGCCGGAACUCGAUGAAGAACGCGAAAACUCCUUACUCGCUGGUGCUCAAGUACUACGGGUUCCGCCUAGCUAUUGUAUCUUUGAUCUGGUUCAUCUACGAUGCAAGUAUAUCGCUUGAUACUCUGAAACACAACAUACUAAUUGUCCAUCAGUUCUCCACCUAUGCCUUUGGUAUAUUUUCCUCGCCAAUGCUUGCAAGCAUCUAUAAUGACGAUGCGCCUUUAACCACUGUCUUUGGCUGGAACACCGUUAUUAACCUGUUCUACAUUCCUGGAACCAUUAUCGGUGCCUUCGUCAGUGACCGCUUUGGCCCACGCUACACACUUGUCGGCGGCGUUCUUGCCCAGGCCAUUGUGGGUUUCAUCAUGGCUGGCUGCUAUUCCAAGCUGGCGCAACCCCAGUAUGUCGGCGCCUUUGCUGUCGUCUAUGGCAUCUUCCUCUCCCUUGGUGAGUUGGGACCAGGCAACAAUAUUGGCUUGUUAGCAGCGAAGACUUGCGCUACCGGUGUACGGGGCCAGUACUACGGGAUCGCAGCAGCCAUCGGAAAGAUUGGUGCCUUUGUCGGCACCUACGUAUUUCCCUACAUCAUUGCUGCAGGAGGCGAUGACAGUACUAAGCAGUAUCAGUACCCCUUUUACGUGUCCGCCUGUCUGUGCAUAUUCUCCGCCUGCUUGGCCCUCUUCUUCCUGCCGCACAUUGGCCAAGACACCAUUACUAAGGAGGAUGCUGACUUCCGCGCCUACCUUGAAAGUCAAGGCUGGGACACAAGUCAAUUGGGCUUGAAGCAACCAAUUGCCAGUGAUAGCGAGCAGGGUGAGCAUGUUCGGGCCAGUAAGGAAGAACCGGUUCUUGAGACGAAGACUUAG